CCUCUUUUUUUAUCACUACCUUAAAACAUUUCACAAGCCACACCACCAAGCAGCACCACCAACCAUGGCCUCCUUCUCUAUCCUCCUCCCAAUGCAGGUGAUAUAUACAACUUUUAUAUACAUCUCUUUCUCUCUCUUUCUACCUCUCACCCAUUCCAACUCCAUUCAUGAACUUCUCAUAAGCCAAGGCUUGCCUGCUGGGCUCUUCCCAAAGAAUGUCAAGUCCUAUGAUCUUGACCAAGAUGGUCACCUCCAAGUCCACAUGGACCAGCCUUGCAUGGCUAAGUUUGAGACCAGAGUGUUCUUUGACAGUGUGGUUAGGGCUAACCUCAGUUAUGGUGGGCUCAUUGGACUGGAGGGUCUCUCUCAAGAAGAACUGUUUCUUUGGUUGCCAGUCAAGGACAUUAUUGUCUAUGAUCCUUCCUCUGGUCUCAUUUUGUUUGACAUUGGUGUCGCUCACAAACAAUUUUCUCUGUCCCUCUUUGAAGACCCUCCUGUUUGUAGGCCUCAAGGCGAUUUGCUGGAAGAAGUUGGAAGGAAGGAGAUGGUACAAGUUCAGAGAGAAGAAGACAAACCCUCCUUCUGAUAUGAUUUGUUUUUGUUUUUGUUUUUUUGCUUUCUCUGUUUCCUUGUUGAAAAGAAAAAAGUGGGACAUUGAGGUUCUAAGAAGAUGAUAGGAUCGACAUUAUAGAUGGAUGAAUUAAUGAGAAAAUUUUGGAAAAAUUAAUGAAGUGAUGAUAAAUCUUUAAUGUCUC